CUGUAUUCUGCGAAGUAAAGAGAGCUUGUGACCAAUCAAGGCCAUGAUGUCAAAAUUCAGGCAGCGGCUGCUGUUCGCUGCUCUAUUUGUCUUUGCAUGCAGUCCUGAAGUUAACGGCCACUGCUGGGAGCGAACUUAUGAUCAAGACAGCUUCGUGUGUUUCUGCAACGCCACCUGCUGCGACGAGCCCGGCAUCUUGGCCGCCCCAGAGGCCGGCACCUUCGCCCACUACGUCUCUGACAGAGCAGAGUUCAGGAUAGAAGCUUUUACUGGACCCAUCGAAGAUGCCGCGGGGUCUGCCCCGGCAUCGGUGGCCGUAGACACGACACAAACUUACCAGACCAUCCUUGGCUUCGGAGGUGCCUACACAGACGCAGCUGGGGAGAACUUCAACUCUCUCUCGCCGGAGACCAAAGAAUGGCUUAAUAGAGCCUACUGGUCGUCAGAAGGGAACGAAUACAAUAUCAUUCGAAUUACCAUCGGCGGAAGUGAUUGCUCAUCUCGCCCGUACACGUUAGACGACGUUGAAGGAGACGUCGAACUUGUUCACUGGUCCCUUCAGCCCGAAGACUACAACUACAAGAUUCCUAACGUAAAAGAAGCUAUCCGCAUGAGUAACGAGGAAGUUUUGGUCUUCGGUUCCCCCUGGUCGCCACCAGCGUGGAUGAAGAGCAAUAACAUGCUCAACGGAACCGGCUAUCUCUUGAGGGAGAACUGGCAGCCCUACGCCAAUUACAUCGUCAAAUGGGCUCAAGCCUACCAGAGGGAAGGCAUACCAUUAUGGGGGCUCACUCCUCAGAAUGAGCCUCUCGACCAGCAAGAGGAAUGGGUGAUAAACGCAUGCCGGUGGUACCCCGACGAGAUGCGAGAUUGGAUCAGGGACUACCUGGGACCAAGUCUCGUCGCUGCCGGUUUUGGCGGACUCAAGAUGAUGAAUGAUGACUUCAACAGGGAGACUCUGCCUUAUUACGUCGAGCCAUGCUUUGCUGACCCCGACUGCAGCAAGUUUGUGGAUGGUGUCGCCGUUCACUGGUACUCGGACGACUUUUAUCCUCCGGAGCUGCUCUUGGAGACCAGGGACUUGGACCCGUCCAAAUUUCUUCUCUACACCGAAGCUUCAAACCCUGCAGUCAGGGGCCCUGACGGAUUAUACGCUCCUCUCGGAAACUGGGAACGCGGCGAACACUACCUCCGCAACAUCAUCGAGGCCUUAAACUAUUAUUCGGUGGGCUGGGUGGACUGGAACUUGGCCCUGGAUGUAUACGGAACCCCGCAGUGGAUCGGAGAUCAUCUCGACGCAGCUGUCAUCGUCAACGCUACCGCUGACGAGUUCUACAAGCAGCCGAUGUUCUACGCGCUGGCGCACGUGAGCAAGUUCUUCAAGCGCGGAGACGUGCGCGUCGACGCCAUCCCCACAUUGGACACGAUCAAGGCCGCUGCCGUGCUGAAAGACGAUGGCACUGUGGCAGUGGUUGUGCUCAACAUGGCGGAAGAACCCACCGGCCUGAGCAUCUCUGUUGACGGGACUCGCUUCAUUAACGUGGACCUCGAGGCUAAAAGCUUCAACAGUUUUCUCGUACCCCCAGCAUGAAAACCGGUUGAUAAGCUUCAACAUAGCUACACAAACACUCAAUAAAAAUAUUUUAUUAUUUUCUUUAAUCAUUUAAUUAUUAUGUUUGAUUACAUUAGCCUCUGAUAUAUAAAAAUAACCGCGAAGCUCAAUUUUACGUCUGAAUGCAACCAAAUACUUAAAUUGAGACCUAAUUUCGAGCAAGAAUCCUUCCUUACGUGGAGUUCUUGAACAGAACUGUAAUUUUACCGAAAGAAUGAUUAGACGUUUUGCUUGAUGAUGAUGCACACAUACAUACAUGAUGCACACAUUUUACUAAACGGAAAGUUAAUAUCAGGACAAGGGUAGCGCCUCGGUUUUAUGUCACACAUAGUUAGUGGAUACCAAUAUGUUUCAUGCAGGCUGGACGAGUGAAUAAAUUAGUGCUUCUG